AUGAGGCUGGGGCAGGACGGGGACCGACAAGAGGGGACGAGCAGGACCGGGACCAGCACCACGCCGCCCUCCCCAGCCAGCGUGGCGGAUCCGGGGCACCCCCACCCCUUUUCCCCCACAGGCGGGGCCUCUCCGCCCCUUUUCCCCCGGUUCUCCCGGCGGCGGCGGCCGGAUGGAGGCGGCGGCCGGGGGCACGGCUGGGACGGGACUGCUGCGGACACUGCGGUGCUGGGGCUCCUGCUGAGGAUACGGGGGGCACCGGGGAAACUCUGGUUACUGGGGCCACUGCUGGGGGCGCUGGGGAUACUGGGAGCACUGGCGGUGCUGGUGGCGCUGCCGGGACUGGAGACGCCGUGGGUGCCUGGAGCGCUGCGAGCUCUCGGGGCACUGGGGAUUCCUGGAGCACUGGGGGCGCUGGGAGCACUGGGGGCGCUGGGGGGGCUGUGGGCGCUGCUGGCGCUGCUGCCGCCCCCCGCCCCGGCCGAGACGUUCUCCGCGAUGCUGAGCGUGCGGGGAGCGCUGGGCGCCGAGCGCCGCCUGCUCCGCCGGCUCCGCUCCUACCUGCGGGACGAGAGCUCCCGCCUGCGCCGCCUCCGCAGGUUCUACGAGAAGGUGCAGGCACUGCACCAGGACCCCAAGGCCUCGGUGGACAACCCCCUGCUGGCCUUCAGCCUCAUCAAGCGCCUCCACUCUGACUGGCCCAACGUCGUGUACAGCGACGAGGCCACCAGGAACACCCAGGCACUCCAUGCUGGCCUCGGGGAGGUGGAGCAGGAGCUGCCUGGAGCUGAGGACCUGGACGGGGCAGCCAGGGCGCUGAUGAGGCUGCAGGACGUGUACGCACUCAGCGUCAAGGGCUUGGCCAGCGGCGUCUUCCAGAGAGCCGGGCAGCCGCCCCUCUACAGCCCCGGGCGCCGCGUGCCCCUCUCUGCCGACGACUGCUUCCACGUGGGAAAGGUGGCCUAUGACACAGGUGACUAUUACCACUCCAUUGCGUGGCUGGAGGAGGCUGCCAGCCUCUUCCGCCUGUCCUAUGGCAGCUGGAACCUGGAGGACCGGAGCAGCCUGGAGGAUGCUCUGGACCAUCUGGCCUUCUCCUACUUCAUGGCUGGAAACAUCUCUCAUGCCUUGAGCCUCUCCAGGGAGCUCCUCCGCUACGAUCCCAGCAACCAAAGGGUGUCGAGGAAUGUGGCCAAGUACAAGAAGCUGCUGGAGAUGGGGACGGGGGCAAGAGCCAGCCCCCUGCAGCGCCCCAACAGCACCCGCCUGCAGAGCCGUGACGCCUACGAGGAGCUGUGCCAGCGCCCCAGGGGGCAGGCAGCCCCAGAGCAGCUCCUGCAGCUCAGCUGCUCCUACGAGACCAACAGCAGCCCCUACCUCCUCCUGCAGCCUGCCAAGAAGGAGCUGGUCCGGAUCCAGCCCUAUGUGGCUCUGUACCAUGAUUUUAUCACCGAUGCUGAGGCUGAGACUAUCAAGGGGCUGGCAGGGCCCUGGCUGCAGAGAUCCGUGGUUGCCUCUGGGGAGAAGCAGCAGAAAGCCGAGUACCGGAUUAGCAAGAGCGCGUGGCUGAAGGACACGGCCGACCCCGUGCUGCGGGCGCUGGACACGCGCAUCGCCGCCGUCACCGGGCUGGACCCGCGGCCGCCCCACGCCGAGCACCUGCAGGUGGUCAACUACAGCCUGGCCGGCCACUACGAGCCACACUUCGACCACGCCACGUCCAGGAAGAGCCCCCUGUACAGGAUGAACUCGGGCAACAGGAUCGCCACCAUCAUGAUCUACCUGAGUGCAGUGGAGGCUGGAGGCUCCACUGCUUUCAUCUAUGCCAACUUCAGCGUGCCCGUGGUCAAGAAUGCGGCUCUUUUCUGGUGGAACCUGCGGAGGAACGGGAACGGUGACGGGGACACCCUCCAUGCCGGCUGCCCCGUCCUGGCCGGGGACAAGUGGGUGGCGAAUAAGUGGAUCCAUGAACACGGGCAGGAGUUUCGGCGGCCGUGCAGUGCUGACCCACGGGACUGAGCCGCCGUGGGAUCACAGACGGGAUCUGCAGGGGGCAGAGCCGCCCCGGCACAGCAUCUCCCCGAGGGAGGGAAGGGGGAGCAGCGGGGCAGGGGCGGUCGGGAGGGGCCCUUGCUCAACCACGGCCACAUGAGGUGGAAAUAAAGUCAAAAGACACGAAACCGGGGCGUGUUCUGGGGUGCCAAACCCGAUCCCAGGGGCUCCCAUCUGUUAUGGAAUGCCAAAAUCCAGUCUCGGGGAGAAGGCAGCUCCUUCCAGCCGUCCCGGCCCCCUCCUGCUGGCACACAAAUUCCCUUUCUCCUCCCCGACCGCAGCUCCGACGAGACUGGAAGGCGCAGAGCAGGAACCGGGAUCACGGCAGGGAAAGAGCAGGAACCGGGAUCACGGCAGGCACAGAGCAGGCACCGGGAUCACGGCGGGCACAGAGCAGGCACAGGGAUCACGACAGGGAAAGAGCAGGAACCGGGAUCACGACAGGGAAAGAGCAGGAACCGGGAUCACGGCAGGCACAGAGCAGGAACCGGGAUCACGGCAGGGAAAGAGCAGGAACCGGGAUCACGGCAGGGAAAGAGCAGGCACCGGGAUCACGGCAGGCACGGAGCCGGGGAAAGGAGCCCGGCUUCCCACGGGAACCGAGGGUCAGCUGGGGGGCACUGGGGCAGAGCAGCUCCCCAGCCCCAUCCAGCCUCAUUGUCCUGGGGGGCUUUGUGUUCCCUGCCCACUGCUCUGUGCUGCAGAGUUCUAUUCCCUGCCCGUCGCUCCGUGCCCGCCGCAGCCCUGGGCCUGUCCCGGGAUCCCGGGGCUGUCACACCCUCAGUGCCCGGCGGUGCCUGCUGUACAGUUUCCGCUGCACAGUUUCCAUCCCCAGGCCUGUCCCGGGAUCCCGGGGCUCUCGCACCCUCAGUGCCCGGCGGAACCGUGCGUACCGGGCUCCCUCGGGACGUUUAGCUCCCUUGGGUUUUGUUAGCUGAGGCAAGAGGUUUCUUUUUUUUCCCUUUCCCUGGGCUUGGAGACUGUUUGAGCAAUCUUUCGGCGGAUUUUUUUUUUUUUUUUCCUGAGCAGUUUGGUUUGGUUUGGGUCCAAGAUCGGAGAGGGGCGGGAGGAGCAGCAGCCUGGGCCCGGCCGCAGACCUCGGGACAGCCGAGCCAACAAGAGAAAGGAGAUGAAAUCCACCAGCUUCAUCUGCUGCGAGCGGGGCACCCACGCCAAAAGUUCUCCAGGUUCCCAUUUGUUUUCCCUUCCCCGACACUGGACCCGGAGCCAUUUUUAACCUCCUC